ACACCCUUACCGAGUAGGCCAGUAGUGAUAUUUUUUUUUUUUUUUACCAAAAUACGGAGUACAUAGUAGUGAUAUAAGAUUAUGUAAAUUACUCCAUAGUUGAUGAUGAUUAUCAUAAUAAAAGAGAGAAUGAUGAGAAAAUAGGAGGUUUAUAGGUAAGGUAAAGAGCCACGUGUGAAGAUAAGAGCCCUGCAUCGUAGUUCCACAGUUGUACAGGAUGAAAUAAUUAACGGAAGCGGGAAAAUUCCAUGAGAUAUUCCCACCAGCUUAUCGUCUACCAAGUGUUCGUUUCCUUCGUCUCACUCAGGAGAGAGAAACUUCAACACACCACAAUUUAUACAAUUUUAGGAUGAUUUGACAUUUUCGAACUUUCUAGUUUUCAAUUCUGCAAUUUUUUGCCGGCAACUAUGGCAAUCGGCGGCGUUAUCUCCAAUCGCUCCUUCACUUCUUUUCUCUCUCCUGGUAAUGUAUGUCAGAAAAGAAAUGAUGUAGCGCAUCUCAAGAAAGAGGAUUUUGGUUCCUCCAUUGGGCUAUGUGGACAGGGGAGAUUGCUGAACAAAACAUCUCACCGCCUGACUAAGAACUGUCUUACUUCUAAAUGUUCGCAUUGCUCGCUUGUUUGUAUUAUAAAUGCUUCGGACUCCAGUAAUACUAAGCAUGCCAAGACAACUUAUGAUAAUAAUUUGUUUUCUCACUUUCAUCAUGCACAUGAUUACUUUCGUGCUCCAAGCUCUAUCAAAAGGGUUAGAAGAGUAUCUAGAAGCUCUAUCUCUUCUAAAUCCUGCUGUAAAAGCGGUACAUUGGUGCCUUCAGGACCAGUGGAUAAGUUUCUUGUGGAUAACAGUAAGUUGCCGAUGUCUAAUUUUGUGGGAGACAGUGGGGUCCGUGCUUAUUACAAGUCUGAGGAAUUUGACAUAACUGAAGGGGCCUUUGAUUCACUGAGGCCAUCUGAGGGAGCAGGCGAAGUUGUUUUACCAGACAAAAGUGCACCGAAGACAGCUCAGUUACCAAAGCGCUGGGUUGUUGUGUUGCUUUGUUUUGCAGCAUUUCUAUUAUGCAACAUGGAUCGUGUAAAUAUGAGUAUUGCAAUUCUUCCAAUGUCCAAGGAGUUCGGUUGGAAUAGCACAACUGUUGGUCUGAUUCAAUCAUCCUUCUUUUGGGGAUAUCUUCUUACUCAGAUUGCUGGUGGUAUAUGGGCAGAUAAGGUGGGUGGGAAGCUUGUUUUGGGUUUUGGAGUAAUUUGGUGGUCUAUUGCCACAGUAUUGACUCCUAUUGCUGCAAAAAUAAGCCUGCCUUGCUUACUCAUCAUGCGCGCGUUUAUGGGGAUUGGUGAGGGUGUUGCUAUGCCUGCUAUGAAUAACAUGAUCUCAAAAUGGAUUCCAGUAUCUGAGCGAAGCAGAGCACUAUCCUUGGUAUACAGUGGCAUGUAUCUAGGGUCUGUGACAGGAUUGGCCUUUUCACCAAUUUUGAUCCACAAGUUUGGCUGGCCUUCCGUGUUUUACUCCUUUGGCUCACUUGGAAGCAUCUGGUUUGCAUUAUGGCUUGCCAAGGCACGUAGCACACCAGCAGAUGAUCCAGAACUUAGUCCUCAGGAGAAAAGGUUUAUCAUGGAAGGUAGCAUAGCCGAGGAGCCUGUUACUGUCAUUCCCUGGAAACUGAUCUUAUCAAAACCUGCAGUCUGGGCUCUUAUAGUUUCUCACUUUUGCCACAAUUGGGGUACAUUCAUUCUUUUGACAUGGAUGCCAACUUAUUAUAAUCAGGUGUUGAAGUUCAACCUUAUGGAAUCUGGGCUGUUCUGUGUACUUCCAUGGUUGACUAUGGCUGUGUUUGCAAAUAUAGGAGGCUGGAUUGCUGAUACACUUAUCAGCAGAGGCCUCACUGUUACUUCCGUUCGUAAGAUCAUGCAAACUAUUGGAUUUAUUGGCCCAGCUAUCUCUCUUUCAGUACUAAGUCAAGUCAGGACCCCUGCUUUAGCUGUACUCUGCAUGGCAUGCAGUCAGGGAUCAGACGCGUUUUCACAAUCUGGAUUGUAUUCCAACCACCAAGACAUAGGGCCUCGAUAUUCUGGUGUAUUGCUGGGGUUGUCGAACACAGCAGGUGUUCUUGCUGGAGUCCUAGGUACAGCUGCCACUGGAGUCAUUCUCCAACGAGGCUCCUGGGAUGAUGUGUUUAAGGUGUCAAUAGCAUUAUACCUUGUUGGGACUUUAGUAUGGAAUUUAUUUGCGACUGGAGAGAAAAUCCUGGACUGAAAGGGCAGUAAGAAGGAUAGGCCUCUUCUGAAUCUACAGUCUUCCACGGUACUUGUUAUCUAUUCCGGACAUGAUGAAACAGUCGAUCACUGCACUAUAGAUAAGGAUAUUGUGAUCGAGGAAAGUGUACGUUGAUUUGGCAACAAUAGGUACUCUUUGACCCUUCUUAAGACUGGAGCAAGAGUCAGGAUGGAUUACUGUGAUUUCUAUUUUUGUUAUAUUUCAACCUUCGUAGUUUAAGAAAAAUUUUGAGGAAGAUGAUGCCUCAUGGAACUUUGAUAAAAAUCAAAAUAUUGAAGUCCUUUUUCUGUAUUUGCAUAAAGUCCCUAUAUUAGAUGAAAGGAGAAAAUUGUUAGAAGACCAACAUGUAAUUGCUUAGAGAAAAAGCCUGUUAUAAACGUACAAUAUAUGAAUGUAGUUUUUUCUUCUUCUGCUUGUGUUCC